UGGUUCGAUUUUUUCUUGACCAUUUCUUGUCACGCCUUUCGUAAUGUGGGACGCGGGAGGAGGCCGACACGAGACUCGCGUGCGCUCGGUUGCGGCUCGGCGAGCCAAACGCGAUAUUUUGUGAUUAUUAUUCACUGUAUCAGCUUUAAUAACGAUACAGUCGGAACAUGGAGAGAUACAUGGAACGUGCAUCGUUAAUGCAGUGCAAUGCUAUGCGCUUUGCCUUGCAAAUUAUGACUUAAACAACGUGAAACGUUGUCUGGUAGUGUUGACUUAUCGUUUGUAUGGUAAAAUUGUCUAUACUGGUCCACAUGCAUCAGGGAAGUAUUGCACUCUAAAGUGUAUGUAGGGAGUACGAUAAUCAGGUUGUUAUAGACUAUGAGUUGAGCCCCAGGCUUUCGGUACCUGAAGCAGGUAAAAUAACGUCCAAUUAAAACUUUUGACAUUUCACUUUUACAAGCAUGCUCAAGCAAGGGGUUUGACAUUUUCCACCACGUUCUUUGUAUUUUGUCAAAAGAUUUUGAUUGUUCAAUUCUGAAAAACAACAACAUUGGUCAUCAUCAUGCAAUCUAUCCCAUCUUCAAAAGAGGAUUAGAAUGUCUAAAAUGUAAUGUCCAACUCAGUAUUUAUUCAUGCUUUCAUGCUCAUGACCGUGUCCUCCUCAUCUUUUCACUCACACCUUAACUCCUCCAUAUCAACAUGUCGGUGGCAUCAGCUGCGUCCUAAUCAAUAGGCUAACUAUCUGGAUGAUAACCAUAAUAAAUAAUCAUCAUCAAAAUUAUGUUUAUCCGAUUUCUAACAAUGGAAACGUAAUCUAGACUAUAUGACCCUGUAUGUUACAGUGCAUUUAUAUUUUCUAAACUUUGUAAAUCCAUGUCUUUCAGUGACACCAAUAACGCAACAUGGUUGAUUGUCAUAGUGUUAUUCUUCCGACUUAUUUUUUGAUCUGUAUGUUCCCUAUAUACAUUCCACAACUCACUAUAUUGAUACCAAAAAUCGGACUUGAUUAUUUACAGCGUCCAAUAAUACCCGAUCAGUCUAUAAUGAAAUUCUAUACUUAAUGUAUUUGAAUCUGCUGAGUUAUUUUGGCAGACAGUGCUUGCGGUAGCAGGGGCCACAUGGCCGGCCCCCCCCAGGUUUUGUGCCCAGUGUUCUUGAAACACAAUCUGUUGGAUGGGUGGAGUGUUCAUGACUGUGGGUGAUGUAAUCCCACCGAUAAAGCAAGCGGGCGCGAUGCCUGAUAGAGUCGGUCAGUCAUGCUCAUCUUGUGUGUGUGUGUGUGUGUGUGUGUGUGUGUGUGUGUGUGUGUGUGUGUGUGUGUGUGUGUGUGUGUGUGUGUGUGUGUGUGUGUGUGUGUGUGUGUGCAUUUGGGUGUGUGUGGGUGUGUGUCUGUGCGUGUCCUCGCCAACUGCCUCUGAGGGGGUAUUUUUUAUAUUGUGUGAGUCAUAUGUGUGGAUGCGAUAUUUGGCGGAGUGUGUGUGAACACAACACAAAUUAUACUAAUCAUCGUAAAUAAAUGAAAAGAUUGUGUGACUGAGGACUGAUGUCAGCAGCUUAGGCUGUUUUUUAUUGACUAGCUGGUAUGUGUGGAUGUUUGAAGAGACUGGAGCCUAAGGAGGAGGUAGGGAGGGCUGGUGGGUAGAUGGUACUGUAGUCAUGCAUUCAUGCAUUCAUGAGUCACUGAGUACUAUCCGUCCAUCUGUAAGUUAUGGCCCCAGUGCCGUGCAAUCGUGUUGUAUUCAAAAGGAACACAGCGCAAUAACUUCCCUUGGCCCGGUACCCUGAUCACUGAAACGGGUCUUUUUGUGAUACUUACAUUAUCAUUUUCCAUGACUUUUCUAUGGCAAAAAAAUAUAUAUAUUUUGAAAAGAUUCAAACAACUGCGCUCUGCAGUGACAUCAUGGACAGUUACGUUGGAGCCAGAGUUGAGCACGAUGUAGGCCUAUGACGUGCAUGUAUGACCUGGCCGUUAUAUCAGUAGAAGUAUCAAACAGAUUCCACCAUCUCUUUAUUGAACCAUGUGCACCAGAAACAUUACAUAUGUGAUGUGUCAAAGUACCCUGGAGUACAAGCGCGAGUAGGUGAUGGAAUCUGGUUGAAGCCUUAAUUACUUCAAGAUGCAGUAACACACUUCACUUCGUUUCCAUUACCAAGAUGGAGUCAUGUCUUUCUGUUCAUGAGGAGGCAAAGCAGUAUCUCUUUAAAUUCAAAAUAGUCUUGGCAUUUCCGGAAUAGUCCCUUCUCUUUUUUUGUUGAAAUAUGGGAGUUGUCUUCGUGUUGUGUUGGUCAUUUCCUUCAGUCUCUGGACAAGGGGCUUUCUGAAUCCACACUAAAUGGGCGUCAUUGUUCUGAAUAGUUCCAUGUGUGCAAAGAACGCUUGUCUAAACACAAAGCCGCAUCAGCCACAACGUAUUCUGAAACUGUGUCUUAUGAGUGUCUCCCAUGUUGGGUCAACCUGUCUCCCUUGAUAGUAUUUUGACUAUGGCUCAGGCCUAUAUCUGUAUUGGUACCAACUCACUUAUAGAUAGAUAGAUCAUUAAACGUCUCUGCAAAAGAUAUGUAACCAUUUAAAUAUAAAAGCUGUCGUAUCCCAACGAGCAAGUCAAUGUUCAUCUAAAUCCGAUGUUUAUUUGGACUUCAGAAUCCCACUUUAAAUAGUACAGUGUUUGUAAUGUCUCGCUGCAAACUCCUAAACUGGUAUGUGAGUCACUGCGGGCUGUGAUUAAAAUCCACAAUCGUGUGUAAAUGUUGUAAAUGGAGGGGCUAGGCAACUGUAUCCCGCGAGGUAGGACAUGCCACCGGACUUGUUCUGCUACCUUUCGGAGACAAUAAGCCUUCCUUUUUUCCUGCGUCGAAACAGAGAGGUUACAACUGCUUCUACGCACACCUGAACAACCCAGACAAACACAUGGAGCUGCGAAAGAAUGCCAAGCAUCUUUCCUUACAGUCGAUAGCUGGCAGGCGUGGCGUGGGGGGGACAGCAUGGCUGAACCGAGGCGAGAGAGCACCAGCAGCCUGCAGAGGAAGAAGCCUCCAUGGCUGAAGCUGGACAUCCCCAUGGCCCAGGUGUCCUUGGACGAGCCCCACCCCCUCGUUCAGCCGGUGAAGCGUCAGGGCUUCCUGCGCAGCAUCAGCAUGCCGGUGGAGACCACCCACCUCCAGUCCCCGCCCCGGGACUUCUUCGACACCCGGAGGCCCGCCUUCCAGCGCCAGUCCUCCAUCACGCAGACCAUCAAGAGCAGCAGGCGGGUGCACUUUGAGAGGAUUAACACGGUGCCCAUUAAAGGCCAGAGGGCCGCCCGCCACGCCUCCAGAAAGUACCACUCUCUCUCCAGAACCCUGCUCAGGGGCACGGCGGACUGGUUCGGCGUGAGUAAAGACGGCGACGCCACGCAGAAGUGGCAGAGGAAGAGCCUGCGCCACUGCAGCAUGCGCUACGGCCGGCUGAAGCCCCAGGUCCUCCGGGAGAUGGACCUGCCCAGCCAGGACAACAUCUCCCUGACCAGCACCGAGACGCCACCGCCCCUCUACGUCCCCACCUCGCAGCACGGCAUGCAGAAGAUCGUGGACCCCUUGGCGCGAGGCAGGGCCUUCCGCAUGGUGGAGGAGGUGGACGGCUACAGCGUGCCCCAGACCCCCAUCACCCCCGGCGCCGCCUCCCUCUGCUCCUUCACCAGCUCGCGCUCGGGACUCAACCGCCUGCCCCGCCGCCGCAAGAGAGAGUCGGUGGCCAAGAUGAGCUUCAGGGCCGCCGCCGCGCUGGUCAAGGGGCGCUCGUUGCGGGACAACACCCUGCGGCGGGCCCAGAGGCGGAGCUUCACCCCGGCCAGCUUCAUGGACGAGGACAUCCUGGACUUUGCUGACGAGCUGGACACCUCCUUCUUCGCCAGGGACGUCCUGAUGCACGGGGAGGAGAUGUCCACGUACGCGGACGAGGUGUUUGAGUCGCCGUCGGAGGCGGCCAUGAAGGAGGAGGAGUCUAACGACAAGUUGGACGAGACGGAGAUGACGGGCAGUGCGCUGGACAAGAGUGAGCUGGAGAGGAGUCACCUCAUGUUGCCUCUGGAGCGGGGCUGGCGUAAGGCCAAGGAGGGCAUGCCGGGGCCCCCCAAGGUGCCUCUGCGGCAGGAGGUGGUGAGCGUGAACGGGCAGCGGCGGGGCCAGCGCAUCGUGGUGCCCGUGCAGAAGCUGUUCAAGCGGGAGAAGAGGCCCUACGGCCUGGGCAUGGUGGGCAAGCUCACCAACCGCACCUACCGCAAGCGCAUCGACAGCUACGUCAAGAGGCAGAUAGAGGACAUGGACGACCAUAGGCCUUUCUUCACAUACUGGAUAACCUUUGUCCACUUGCUGGUCACUAUAUUGGCUGUAUGCAUUUACGGUAUCGCACCGGUGGGCUUCUCCCAGGACGAGAAGGUUGAUUCUGUUUUAAGAAACAAGGGCGUGUAUGAAAAUGUCAAGUUUGUACAGCAGGAGAACUUCUGGAUCGGGCCGAGCUCAGAGGCCCUGAUCCACCUGGGGGCCAAAUUCUCUCCGUGCAUGCGGCAGGACAAGCAGGUGCACGACCUGAUCAGGGACAAGAGAGCCAUCGAGCGCAACUCCGCCUGCUGCGUGCGCAACGACCGCUCGGGCUGCGUCCAGACCUCGGAGGAGGCUUGCUCGAGUACUCUAGCGGUGUGGGUGAAGUGGCCGCAGCAUCCGAGCACGCCGCAGCUCAACGGGAAAGCCCGGCAGCAUGGCUCCGUGUGCCAUCAGGACCCGAGGAUAUGUCAUGAGCCGGCCUCAGUCCCGCCUCACGAAUGGCCCGAUGACAUCACCAAGUGGCCGAUCUGCACCAGGUACAACACGGGGAAUCACACCAACCUGCCUCACAUAGACUGCACCAUCACAGGCCGGCCCUGCUGCAUUGGAACCAAAGGCCGGUGUGAGAUCACGUCGCGGGAAUAUUGUGACUUCAUGAUGGGAUACUUUCACGAGGAAGCAACUCUCUGUUCUCAAGUGCACUGCAUGGAUGAUGUCUGUGGUCUACUGCCCUUCCUCAACCCAGAGAUCCCAGACCAGUUUUACAGGCUCUGGCUCUCCCUCUUCUUACAUGCUGGGCUCCUUCACUGCCUGGUGUCGGUGGCCUUUCAGAUGACUAUCCUGAGGGACCUGGAGAAGCUGGCCGGGUGGCUGAGGAUCUCCAUCAUCUAUAUCCUCAGCGGCAUCACCGGGAACCUGGCCUCCGCUAUCUUCCUGCCCUACCGAGCUGAGGUGGGUCCGGCGGGUUCCCAGUUCGGCAUCCUGGCCUGCCUGUUUGUGGAGCUGAUCCAGAGCUGGCAGAUCCUGGCGCAGCCCUGGAGGGCCUUCAUCAAGCUGCUGUGCGUGGUGCUCUUCCUCUUUGCCUUCGGCCUGCUGCCCUGGAUCGACAACUUCGCCCACAUCUGCGGCUUCAUCUCGGGCUUCUUCCUGUCCUUCGCCUUCCUGCCCUACAUCAGUUUCGGCCGGACGGACAUGUACCGCAAGCGCUGUCAGAUCAUCGUCUUCCUGAUGGUGUUCGUGGGCCUGUUUGCCGGCCUGGUGGUGCUCUUCUACGUGUACCCAAUCAAGUGCGAGUGGUGCGAGCUGCUCACCUGCAUCCCCUUCACCGACAAGUUCUGCGAGAAGUACGACCUCAACGCCCACCUCCACUGAACUGAACGCCCCGGGGAGUUUGAGCCGGAGAAGGAGGUGGAGGAGGAAAAGGAGGAGAUGGAGAGGAUGACGAUGCAGACGAUGAUGAUGAUGAUGAUGAUGUCAGCCCCCCCCCCCCC